AUGAGGAGAAACAAUAAUGAAGACAUUUUUAACCCAGAUGCUGAAAGAGAAACUUCAGCAAGAAUUUUAAAAUCAUUAACUGGGGGACCCAAAUGGUAUAAAUUCAAAGAACAGAAUGCAUUAGCUGUUCAACGCCAUUUUGGUAAACCACAUCUAUUUAUUACAUUUACAUGCAAUCCAAAAUGGCCAGAAAUAAUAAAUUCAUUACCAGAAGGAUUCAAAUCAACAGGUAGGCCGGACAUUGUUAUUAGAGUAUUUUCAUUAAAACUUAUGGAAUUAAUAACAAUGUUACGGCAUGGUCUUUUUGGAGAAGAAGAAUAUUUAUUCUAUUCUGUUGAAGUACAAAAAAGAGGUCUUCCUCAUGCUCAUAUUCUUCUUCGUAUAAAAGAAUUUGAAAAAAACACUUCAACAAUUGACAAAAUUAUUUAUGCUGAAAUAUCUGAUUCUAAGCAUGAUAAAGCUUUAUACGAUAUUGUUGUUAAGAACAUGCUUCAUCAAAAUUGUAAUGAAAUGAAAAAAAAAUCUACACGUUGGAAUUUGUCAAAAAAUAAAUGUUCAAAAAAUUUUCCAAAAAAAUUUGUAAAAGAGACAUAUAUAGAUAAAAUAAGUGGAAAAGUCCAUUAUAAAAGAAGAGAUAAUAGAAAUAAAAAUAUUAUUUUAUUAGAUAAUAGAAAAAUUGACAACAGUUAUGUUGUGCCAUAUAAUCCAACUUUAUUAAGAUAUUAUAAUUCACAUAUAAAUGUAGAAAUUGUUAAUCAAGUUUUAGCUGUUUCUUAUUUAUUCAAAUAUUUUGUAAAAGAUGGAGAAACAAAUAAAGUAAAUGUAGAAAUGCUGUAUAAUGAUAAUAACAAGGAUGAAGUAUCAGCAUAUCAAAAUGUAAGAUGUGUUGGACCAACUGAUGUAACAUGGAAAAUAUUUGAAUUUCCAAUUGUAUGCAACACAGUUACUGUUGAAGUAUUAUAUAUUCAUGAAAAGCCCAAAAAUGAAAAUAGUAAAGUAUAUUUAAAUGAAAAUAAUGAUUUUUUAUAUGGUGCUGAUAUUAAUAAUGAUACUGAUGCCUUAAUUCAUCUAAUGACAGCAAACACAAUUGGUAAAUCAAAAUUAAUGGCAUAUUUUGAUUUGAUAAAAAAUGAAAAAAAUAAAGAAAACCCUGAUACAAGUGUUCUUAAUUUAACAUUUGAAAAUGUUUCAACUAUCUUUAAAUGGAAUCCAUUAUAUCCAAAAGAUGAUAAUACAAUACCACGCCAUAAAAAAGGUGCAUGGAUUAAAAGAAUUAAUAAAAGAAAAGCAAUUGGUUGUAUAGUAUCAAUUUCUAAAGAAAAUAAAGAAUUAUUUGCAAUGAGAAGUUUUUUAAUUCAUAGAAAAGGUAUUACAUCUUUUGAGGAUUUGAAAACUAUAGAGAAUAUAGAAUUUCCAACAUACACAGAUGCAGCUAAAUAUUUAAAUUUAAUGGAACAUGGUGUUUUAGAGUUAAAUCAUUUUAUUGAAUUGAAAAAUUUAUUAACUCUUCAAGAAUUUAUCAAUGCAUUUGUUAUUUACAUAUGUUUUGAUCCUGAUUUUAAAAAACAUAAAAAAAUAUUUGAUCUACAUAAAGAUUUUAUGAAUCAAAUUUAUAUAAGAAGAUACAGUGAAAAUAAUUUAGGAAUCUCUAUCAAUGAAGAAAUAGUAAAAUAUAGAGCUAAUAAUCAUUUGCUUUAUGAUAUUAGUUUAAAAUUAUCUGCAAAUGGUUUUAACUUAUUGUAG